GAUCCUUUUGUUCAAGCAGUUUUGAAUGUGAAGCUCAAGUCAGUAUCGUAUUUUACCAAGAUGACUAAUUAUUCAUUAAUUGAAAUUAAAUUGCGUCGAUUUAUAUACUUGGGAGAAAAAACUUCAAUUUAUGUUCCUUCAACUCAUCAAAAACAAUUCUGGAAAAAUAAAAAUAGUCAAGAUAACAAAAUUACUGGUUUAAAUUUGAUUGGAGAUAUAAUUAAAAAAAAUAAAACUGAAGAUAUUAAUUCUAUUGUUCCAAUAAUCUCAAAAAUAGCAAAAGAAAAAAAAGUUCAAAAUUAUGAGCAUUUAAUAUAUCUAUUGGCUGUAUGUGCAAAGUUUAAUCGGGAAAAUUGUCAAAAAAUGAUAACUGAUGCUUAUGCAAUAGUUAAAACCAUUUGUAUGGACGGAUUAACAUUAUUGAUGUUCUAUAAAUUUUGUAGUAUUGCUGCUAAGCUCCUCUAUGAAAACGGAUAUAUAUCUACAAAAUCUUCGGGUCUUGGUCAAGGCACUCGAAAGGCUAUUCAAAAAUGGUAUCUUAGUAGAGAACCUCUUGAGACAAUUAAAGCUAUAAUGAAACAUAAGACUUAUCGUGGUGUUAGUCAUAAACAAAUUAUGAACACAAUUCAUCUCCGUUCUGAUGACCCAAGUCAUGGAAUUUACAUCUCUUACAUAUUACAUGGUAUAGAAAGAAUAAAAAAAGUAUUUGAACAAACAUUGAUAAUAGAAGAUAAUGACAGCCAGGAGCAAAAAUUAUCAAAAACAUUGCAACUAUGUGUUUACAACUAUAUUAAAAGAGUACAUCGUUUACAUAAUUCAACAAAUAAUAAAUUGACAAAUGAUUUGAAAUGGAAUAAUGUAGGAAAAGAUUAUGAAAUUGUGGUUUCAAAAAUGCUCACGAAUCCAAAAGUUUUAACUACUUUUGUUAAGCAAUUAUCACUGAGAACAUUAUUAGAUAAUACUUACUCCUUUUCUCAACAUUGCUUAUUUCAAAAUUUAAUGGGCAAUGAAGGCUGUAUAGAAUUUAUAUUGCGUUUUAAUAACCAUAAAGCAUUACAAGAAUCUGAAAUACAUCCAAUAGAAUCAUAUUUAGAAUAUUUAAGAUAUGUAAGAUCUGGCCCUGUUAUUUAUGCUAUGAAUCAAAAAAAGGAUUCCCAACAAAAUAUGUUAUUUGACACUAAUGGAAAAGAGUGUUCUAAUAAUAUUGGAGUAGUAAAAAAAAAUUAUGAAAAAUGGAUUCAAUUAACCAAAAUUGAAAAAGGUCAAAGGAAAUUCUGUAAAUCUCACAUUUAUUUCAUGAAGCCGAUUCCAACUCCUUCAUCACAACUAUCACAAUUUUUAUCAACUGAUUUAGUGAAAAUGACUUUAAAUAACUUAAAUCCAUCUGAUCACAGGUUAUUAAUAGCUUAUGACAGUCGAAUAUAUUAUACGAAUACAGUUAAUUGUUAUUAUAUGCAUGUGAAAUUUCUCAAAGUUUUUGAAGCCAUCACGUUGAUAAUACAGUCAAUAGUUUACCAAAAUCGAUUAAAAGUAGACAACAAACCUACUAUAUGUGCUUUAAGUAGUUCACUUAAAUUUAGAACAAUUUAUGUUGACCAUGAACAAGCAUUGACAGUAACGUCCUUGGAAAAUCAUUUGUUUGGGCCGUCCCCAAAAAAACAAAAAAAUAAUGCUCGUGUUCGAAAUAUCAAGCCAUUAAGUACUCUCCAUUGGUCUAAGGAUCGUAACCAAAUGUAUGAUGUGUUUCUGUUUAUGGGAACUCACAAAAUGGAUUUAAAAAGUAUAAGAAAAGUUAAGGCAAACUAUGAAGCAUAUUUUUCAAAUUCAAAAAUUAAGAUUAUUGUUUGUUGUUUAAAUGGAAACCAUGUUGAACGAGUGAAUCUUAGUCGUGAUGGUUUGUUGUUUAUAUCUGGUUUUGAUAAACACGUGGGAAAAAUUAUUGAAUUAUUUAUAAAUAAUAAUUUUUAA